AUGUUUUUCCCACAAGCUCUUCUCGCAGCCGUUGCUGUUGCUCGUCUGGCCUCUGCACAGGUCGUUAACCCAGAUGAUGUUGCUGAAGCUACUAGACAACAAUGGUGUUUGGCUCAGCAAACCUCGUGUCCUCUGAUCUGCCUCCAGCUCCCAGGGACCUCGGAGGUUCCAGCAGCGAACGACUGUGAUCCUGACACUCUCGUUUUCGACUGCACCUGCAGCAACGGCAAGACGCCCAACGCAACCGAAUACUCUCAGACCAUCCCGUACUUUAUCUGCACAGAAUCCAACAACAAGUGUGUUGAGAACUGCAAUGGCGACCACGCUUGCCAGUCUGCCUGCCGCGAAGACCACCCUUGCGGUGCUCAGAACCCUACACCACCAAACUCUACCGCCACCGCUAAGCCUACCAUGUCGGCCACCCAGACUGCCAGCAGCUCUGCUACGAGCGGUGCUGUCUACACUGGAUUUGGUGACGGGUCUGCUUCUCCUACUGACCAGCCAAAGAAGGGAAUGGCAGGACCGCAGGCUCUCCUGAACGUCGGCCAGAUGUACGGAAUGGCUGUCUUGGCAACCGGUUUCCUUGCCGGCUUUGCUGUUCUUCUAUAA